GCGGCGGGGGCGGGGGCGGGNNGCCAGGCGGCGCCGCCGACGACGCCCCCGGCGCACGCGCAGGCCAACGGCGCGCCGCCCGCGCUCUCGCCGCCCGACGACGCCGCGGCCACGCUGGCGCUGCCGCCGGGCGCGCAGGACAGCAACAAGCGGCUGACGCUGCGCGGCGCCGCCACCGCCGCCAAGUUCGUGGCGCGCCUCAGCCCCAAGAGCGGCCGGCGGCCGGCCGGCGAGGCGCCGCAGCGCAGGACGGCGCUGCUCAAGCCCGAGUUCGGGGGCUUCCGCGAGUGGCUGCAUACCUUCGAGCUGUACCGCGGGAAGCGCGCCGGCGACUCCGACUCGGACCCCGAGUCCGACUCCUCGCGCGUCGUGGGCGCCUUCAAGGGGUCGGUGUGCGUGUACCGCUGGCCGCCGCCUGCGGGCUCGGGCGUGGGCCACGACGUGAGCCGCUUCCAAGGGCUGCCAUGCAACGACCCCAUCCACGUGCUGGUGCGCGUGUACGUGGUGCGCGCCUUCGACCUGCACCCCAUGGACCUGAACGGCAAGGCCGACCCCUACGUGGUGCUGCAGCUGGGCUCGCGGCGCAUCUCCGACAAGGAGCGUUACGUCUCCAAGCAGCUCAACCCGGUCUUCGGAAGGUGCUUCGAGAUCGAGGCGACGUUCCCGCAGGACUCGCUGCUGACGGUGCAGGUGCUGGACUGGGACCUGGUGGGCGCCGACGACCUCAUCGGGGAGACGCGCAUCGACCUGGAGAACCGCUUCUACAGCCGCCACCGCGCCACCUGCGGCCUCGCGCAGCAGUACGAGGACCCCGCGCAGCCCGGCCUGGAGCGCGGCCGGCUGCAGCUGUGGGUGGACAUGUUCCCGCGCGACAUGCCCGCGCCGGGCCCGCCCACGGACGUGGCGCCGCGCAAGCCGCGCUCCUUCGAGCUGCGCGUCGUCGUCUGGAACACGGACGAGGUGGUGCUGGAGGACGACGCCUUCUUCACCGGCGAGAAGAUGUCCGACAUCUACGUCAAGGGAUGGUUGAAGGGCCCCGAGGACUGCCAGUGCACCGACAUCCACUACCGGUCGCUGACCGGCGAGGGCAACUUCAACUGGCGCUUCGUGUUCCCGUUCGACUACCUCGUGGCCGAGGAGCGCAUGGUGCUCUCGCGCAAGGAGUCGCUGUUCUCGUGGGACGAGACGGAGUGCAAGCUCCCGGCCCGCCUCGAGCUGCAAGUGUGGGACGCGGACCACUUCUCGGCCGACGACUUCUUAGGUGCUAUUACACUGGACUUGAAUCGUUUUCCAAGGGGUGCUAAAUCAGCUCGACUGUGCACAUUGGACAUGCUGAAGACUGAUGGAUCUGUACCCUUGGUGAAUAUAUUUCGGCAGCGGCGAGUCAAGGGUUGGUGGCCAUUCUAUGUAAAACGAGACAACGAUGAAAUGGAACUCACAGGGAAAGUAGAAGCAGAAAUUCAUCUUCUAACUCGUGAAGAAGCAGACAAAAACCCAGCAGGUCUGGGUCGUAAUGAGCCAGAUCCUUUAGAUAAACCAAAUCGGCCUGAUGCAUCAUUUAUGUGGUUUUUGAAUCCGCUGAAAUCAAUUCGCUACAUAGUGUGGCAUAACUAUAAGUGGGCAAUCCUCAAGGCUGUGGUGAUAUUUGCUCUGGCAAUUGUUAUACUUCUCUUCUUCUAUUCUGUACCAGGUUACACUGUUAAAAAAAUGCUUGGUGCAUAAGUUAUUUUAAAUAAGCCAAUCUACUCAAGGGAAAAUUCUGGAGCUAUUGUAAACAUGUUGUUAAGUGCAAAUAAAUACAUUUUACUCACAAAUAAAAAUGAAUUGGAUAAUAUCAUCCACUUCUAUUCAUCUAUAUUUACACAGAAAUUAUCCCAUGAUGGUAUUGUUAUUACAUGAGCAAAACAAUUUUUUCCUGAAAAAAUUAAUGAAUUGUUUGGGUUUUUGUAAUUAAGUACAAUUAAUAAAAUCUUGUGUGUGAGAAAAAUUCAUCUAAUUUUUGUACUCUUUUAAUUGUAUUUUUUCCUCUAGAAGAUCUUUACGUGGCACCAAUAAAUUUCGUUUGCAAUAUAUUAAUGACGAAGUACA